AUGGGUUUACACUCAGCCCAGAAGAAGCACUUCCCCUUACGGGGGAUCGAUGGUGUGGUUCAGCUGUUCGACGCUGAGCUCCGCAAGUCUGAGCCAGACCUAGCCCUUCUCUCCCUGGUCCUGGGAUUCGUUGAGCACUUCCUAGCUGUGAACCGGGUCAUUCCCAUGAACGUUCCUGGGGUGCGGUUUGAACCACUGGAGCCGGACUGCCCCAACUCCUGCUUCCCCACAGUGGAGCUGGGUAUGAUUUCUGCACUGUAUGAACGCUUCACAGCCCAGAUACGCGGUGCGGUGGACCUGUCCCAGUACCGGAGGACAGCUGCAGGGUCCAGCAGGGAGCUGGUAAAGAAAGUCUCAGAUGUGAUCUGGAACAGUCUGAGCCGCUCUUACUUCAAGGACCGGGCCCACAUCCAGUCCCUCUUCAGUCUCAUCACUGGUACCAAACUGGACAGCUCAGGUGUAGCAUUUGCAGUGGUGGCAGCCUGCCAGGUUCUAGGUCUAAAGGAUGUCCACCUGGCGCUGUCUGAGGACCACGCCUGGGUGAUUUUCAGCAAAAAUGGUGAAGAGACAGCUGAGGUCACAUGGCACGGAAAGGGUAAUGAGGACCGACGAGGACAAACAGUCACAGCAGGAGUCAGUGAGAAGAGCUGGCUGUAUCUGAAGGGCUCCUACAUGAAAUGUGACAGAAACAUGGAGGUGGCCUUCAUGAUUUGUGCCAUCAACCCUUCACUGGACCUGCACACUGACAGCUCUGAGCUCCUGCAGCUGCAACAGAAACUCCUGUGGCUGCUGUACGAUCGAGGUGAUCUGGACAGGUAUCCUAUGGCCAUGGGCACCCUGGCAGACCUUGAAGAUCAGGAUCCAAUCCCAGGCAAAGAGAACCCCUUGAAAAUCCACCUCAAGGCUGUCAGUUCUGCUCAGAAGCACUACAACAACGAGCACAUCUACCCCUACAUGUACCUGGCUGGCUUCCAUUACAGACACAGGGAUGUGCGGGAGGCUCUCAAGGCCUGGGCUGAGGCAGCUCAGGUCAUGCAGGACUAUAAUUAUUUCCGUGAGGACGAGGAGAUCUACAAGGAGUUCUUUGACAUUGCAAACGAUGUUAUCCCCACUCUGCUAAAGGAGACAGCUGCUGCUGCAGAGAGUCCUGCGGAGGGAGCAGAGGGAGGAGAAGGAGCUGACAAGGAGCAGCCCAAGCAGGCAGCCGCCCUCUCAGCACUCCAGGACCCAGAAUGCUUUGCCCACCUGCUGCGUUUCUAUGAUGGUAUCUGCAAAUGGGAGGAGGGUAGUCCCACACCGGUCCUUCAUGUGGGCUGGGCCACCUACUUGGUCCAGUCUCUGAGCCGCUUUGAUGCUCAGGUGCGUCAGAAGGUGUCGAUCAUCACCAAAGAGCCAGAGUCCCAGGAUGAUGACGACCUGUCCAGUGAUGACCCCCGGGAAGGCCGCAGACGAGGCCCCAGGAGAGAAUCCAAGCUUGAUGAGCAGAGCUCUCCUCCUGCUGCUGCUCCCACCUCCCCAUCCACCCAGCCUGCAGCAGCUGCAGCAGCCCAGCCCAAGAAGGUGGGAGAGGGCCGCCGUCGCUCCUCCCAGAGCCUGCGAGGCGGAGAGGCUGACGCUAAACCCAAGUCCCCUAGCCCGGAUUCUUCUCCCUCAUCUCAACAACAGGCAUCCCCCUCUCCUGCCGGUCCUGUGGUUACCUUCCAGAGUGAGAAGAUGAAGGGCAUGAAGGAGCUGCUGUGUGCAGCCAAGGUGAACUCCAGCGCCAUCAAGCUGCAGCUCACCGCCCAGUCACAGGUCCAGAUGAAGAGGCAGAAGAGCACACCAGCCGGGGAUUACUCCAUGUCCUUCAUGAAGCGCCAGCGCAAGUCACUCUAGACAUGUUGAUUGUUGUAGGAGUUGUGGAGACUCUGUAGGACAUACUGUGAACAGCAGCACGGACACCCGAUUAACCUCGCUUUUGUUUGUGAAACUUUUUACCAGUGUUUUCAUCCAGAGGUCAAGUUCAGUCAAUAUCCUCAUUGAUCCGAGCAAUAUGACCUGUACACUUGAGUUAAGCACCACAUAUCAGGUUUGAGCUGAAGGAGUGAAGAUUUCAUUCUGUUUUUAUUUAACUACAGCCAGAGAGAAAAAUAUUUUCUUGGGAACUGCCUGGUUUGUUAGAUUGUAAGCACUCAUUCAUCAUUAGUUUGUGUUUUAAUUGGCAGCCAAUUGCACACUGACUAUUAACUUCUCAUUGACUCACGUGGAUGUUUGAAGCCAAAGUAAUGAGGAUGACCAGAAUACAACAAACAGAUGUGUAAAUAUUACCUGGUACCAUUAGGGACCUGUCCAUGACUGAAGCCUUGGAAGUGAUUAAUUUAGGAUAGUUACUGUGUAACAUUGUCCACUUCUGCUCUAUCAACAGCUUCUUUCUUGCUAGCUCUAUGUUGCCUUACUUUGCCUUUGUUCUUUUCUAAAGUAGGUGGCCUAUAGUUUGGAGGAUAGCUAAGCUAGGCCUAUUUCUAAUGAUUAGAGAAGCCCAGGAAGACCAUGCACUGUUGAGACGGAGCCACAUUAGGUGGCCCUGCUACAUCCUAUUUGCUUGAUGACUUGUGGUUUUUGUUGUUUUUGUAUCUGCAAGUAAUAAAGACCUGAUGAAAAUGCAA